CUGUGGCAAACUGUUCCCAGUCAAAGGUCGAAGUGCCAGCAAUCUGAGGUGAUAAACGAAGAUGGAGAGCGAAACAGACAGAAUGGUUUUGCCUCCAAUGGACCGGUACGAUCUACCCCUAUCGCUGCUGCAGGUGGGCUGUUCCGGUAGCUUUGAGCUCAUCUCUCAAGAACAAACCAACUGCCUGGUCCCCCACAGCACUCUGCCCCAGGGUUUGCCGCCCUUUGCCCUGGAUCUGAUCUCGGAGGUCGAGAGGCGCUUCCUGGGCGAUCCAGAAUGGCUUCCCAUCCACAACUUUGAGAAUGCCUUUCAAAAAUUCAAUAAGGUUUUCAGUCGUUCACAGUGUUUUGACUCCCUACUUCACGUGGAGCCCAGCCCCGUACACUCCACUCUGAAAGUGGUGAGGAACCCGACGACUGGGGAGCUGCUGGACUUUCAAGAGGAGCUGCUUGAAGACACCGGCCUUUCUUCCAAAAACUCGCUGUCCCUCCAGCGGCCCCCCGGCCCCCCUUCUCAGGGGGUGAGAGGCAGCACCACCAACUACCCCUUCUGGCCAGGGGGAAUGGAUGAACCAAAUUUGGACCAAAUUAAAAAGAAAGGACAGCUUGAAGAAGAUAUUGACUUUGAUAAAGAUCUUCUCUCCGUUCCUCCAGGAUUCAAAAAGGGAAUGGAUUUUAGGAAGAAAGACACCGGUGCACCUCCCUCCUCUCUCAGCCUCCUCUCUCUGCUGUCCACGCUUGAUGACAUCAUCGACCUGGGACAGGAGGAGGAAGAGGCCGGGAAGGGGAAAGGAGGAGGGAAGGAGGAACUGUCUACAGGCAAGACUCUGCCCAGAUCAAAUAGUCUGGAAGAAUUCGGUCUGCAGAGCUCUGUUGCCCCCCCAGAGUCUGUCCUGCCCAUCCGUGUCCCCCCAUCUCCUGAGGCAGGUGAGAGGGAGCGAGAGCGCUGGGCAGUGCCAGUGGAUAUCAACUCCCCCUGCACAGACUUCUACAAGAGAAUACCAGAGCCAGCAUUCAAGUGGCCCUUCGAGCUGGAUGUAUUCCAGAAGCAGGCGAUCCUACACUUGGAGAAUCAUGACUCUGUGUUUGUCGCCGCACACACGUCUGCUGGGAAGACCGUGGUUGCAGAGUACGCCAUUGCGCUGUCACAGAAACACAUGACCAGGACGAUCUACACCUCGCCCAUCAAGGCCCUGUCCAAUCAGAAGUUCAGAGACUUCAAGACCACCUUCCAGGAUGUGGGUCUGCUAACUGGAGAUGUGCAACUGAACCCAGAAGCCUCCUGUCUUAUUAUGACCACUGAGAUACUGAGGUCCAUGCUGUACAAUGGCUCUGAUGUUAUCAGAGAUUUGGAGUGGGUGGUAUUUGAUGAGGUGCACUACAUCAAUGAUGCAGAGAGAGGGGUGGUGUGGGAGGAGGUGCUGAUCAUGCUGCCUGAUCAUGUGCGCAUCAUCCUGCUGAGCGCCACCGUGCCAAACACUCUAGAGUUUGCAGACUGGAUCGGGCGUAUCAAACAGAAGCAGAUCUUUGUGAUCAGCACUGUGAAGCGGCCUGUCCCUCUGGAACACUUCCUGUACACAGGGAACAGCAACAAGACUCAGAACGAGCUCUUCCUGCUGCUCGAUGCCAAUGCCAACUUCCUCACCAAGGGAUACUAUGCUGCAGUCGAAGCCAAGAAGGAGCGAACCAGCAAACAUGCCCAGUCAUUUGGUGCCAGACCUGGAGCACACAGCUCUACUAGCAGCCAGGAUCGUUCAAUCUGGCUCUCCCUGCUCCACUCUCUCGCUAAGAAGGACCAGCUGCCCGUGGUUUGCUUCACGUUCUCCCGUUCCCGCUGCGAUGAGAACGCCCGCGGCCUGGCCACUCUUGACCUCACCAGCAGUGCUGAGAAGAGUGAGACCCACGUGUUCUUUCAGAAGUGCAUCACACGACUGAAGGGCUCUGACCGACAGCUACCACAGGUUCUCCAGAUGAGUGAUCUGUUGAAGAGGGGUGUGGGAGUGCAUCACAGCGGGAUCCUGCCCAUUCUCAAAGAGGUUGUGGAGAUGCUGUUCACUCGCGGGCUGGUGAAGGUCCUGUUUGCUACAGAGACGUUUGCCAUGGGGGUGAACAUGCCUGCCAGGACCGUGGUGUUCGACAGCAUCCGAAAACACGACGGGACGGCCUUCAGAGACCUGCUGCCUGGUGAGAGACAGCUACCGAGACACACAGACACUGUCUGUGUUACCUGGGGUGCCCGUGCCACUAAUAGGACACGUUCCCCCCGCACGUGCUCUACCCGUGACCUGCACAAGAUGAUGCUGGGUAAGCCCACUCUACUCCAGUCUCAGUUCAGGCUGACCUACACCAUGAUACUGAACCUGCUGCGAGUGGAGGCUCUGCGGGUGGAGGACAUGAUGAAACGCAGCUUCUCCGAGUUCCACACGCGCAAGCAUACCAAGGUUCAUGAGCAGGGCAUCUCCUCCCUGACCCAGUCUCUGUCCAGUCUGCCGGAGGUGGAGAGUGUGGGUCAGCUGAGUGACCUGGUCAAUUACUACGCUGCUGUCCAGGAGCUCACCCGCACCAGGGCAGCACUGCAGAAGCGUGUGAUGGAGUCGGUGAAUGGAAUGAAGGCUCUGUCAGCAGGCAGGGUCGUGCUGGUCACUAACUCUGUACACAGCAAUGCGCUGGGACUCAUUCUCCAGGUAUCCUCAGAUGCGACGAGCAGGACGUUCACCACCCUGGUUCUGUGCGAGAGACAGAAAGAAGGGGAGAGGCCAGAGGCACAGAGAGGGGCCAAGACCCCAACCCCAGAGGAUCUUCUGUCAACGAGGGUCUUUCUACCUGACGGACCCUGCAGCCACACAGUGGAGAAGCUGAAAGCAGAAGACAUCUCUAGCAUCACUGUGAAGACCCUGCGGAUCAAUGCAGAGCGCAUCAUCGAUGACUACAACAAGAGGCAGAUGCCCAGGUUCAAGCUGGACCCCCCAGGACAGGCUGUUACCAAGGCAACACAGGAGCUGCUGCGAUUGGCCGAGUCGAACCCCGGUGGGAUCACGCCCCUCGACCCUGUGAAUGACCUGCAGCUGAAGGACCUUGAUGUGGUUGAGGGGUCAAUGAGGGUCAGGCAGCUGCAGGAAACUUUACAGACCUUCACAUGCGCACACAGCCCCAAGUUCACACAGCAGUACGCCCGGCUGCAGCAGAGAAUGGUGAUUCAGGACGAACUGGAGCGUCUGCAGUAUUUAAUAUCAGACCAGAGCCUGAGCCUGCUGCCUCAGUACCAGCAGAGAAUCAACGUUCUGAAGACUCUGAAGUACGUCGAUGACUCCUGCACGGUGCAGCUGAAGGGCCGGGUGGCCUGUGAGAUCAGUAAUCAUGAGCUGAUGGUCACAGAGCUGGUGUUUGAGAACGUGCUCAGUGACCUGCCCCCCGAGGAGAUUGCGGCCCUGCUCUCCUGCCUCGUCUUCCAGCAGAAAACACAGGUCACCCCUGAGAUCAGCACCUCCCUGCAGCAGGGUGUGCAACGCAUCGUGAGUGUGGCGGAGCGCAUUGCCACUCUACAGAGAGAUUGUGGGAUGAACGAGUCUGUGGAGGAUUUUGUGGCUCAGUUCAAAUUCGGGCUGCUGGAGGUGGUGCACUGCUGGGCCCGGGGGCUGCCCUUCUCGGAGAUCGCUCAGCUCACGGAUGUGCAGGAGGGCAUUGUGGUGCGCUGUAUCCAGCGAUUGGAUGAGACGUGCCGUGACGUGCGGAACGCUGCGCGCAUCAUCGGUGACCCAGUGCUGUAUGCCAAGAUGGAGCAGGCCUCCAUGAUGAUCAAGAGAGACAUUGUGUUUGCCGCCAGCCUCUACACCCAGUGACUCGCAGAUAACGGCAAUAAAACUGAAAAUGAUGCUCUUCUUGUUUCUAAUGUAUUUAUAAUUUAACCCAGUGACCAGGGUUAGAAACUCACACAUACAUACAUGUGAUACAUGAGUGCGACCGCCUCCACCAAUCAUCCCAUCCUUUAUGAGGAAUAGUAACUGGCUGUUACCUUACUUAACCUUAUAGAAAAGAAAAAUAAUUACUAUAAGUGAAGAAUUCACAUUAAUAACUAUUGCAAUAAUAAAAGGUGAAAGCUAAAGGCGAACUGAUUAUUUAUAUACCGACCAAUCGAGAGAACGGGAUCUAUGUACUAAAGCACCUUUACUGUGGUGAAAAUAAAUUGUGUGUGUCAUCCCUCAGUUUAGCCACUAUCACUAGCACACAAACAAAGCUGGACACAUAUGUAAUAUAUAGGAAUGUGCUUUAUAUUUAGUCACCUGCAAUUCAGCAGACCAGGCUUUGAGGACACCUACUGUGGGGAUGAGGGUAUUGCAUGAGAAUCAACAUAAAUAUUGGUAUGUUGCGCUCGACUACAACACACGUCGGCAAGUUUACAAGAAAAUGAUGCAGAAGUAAAUCGCAAAGCUUCUUUUCCAUUUUAACGCUUCAGUUUUAAAAAGGGUUUUCCUUCACCAUCAGCAACACUAACACCUUCCAAAAGCAUCAUAUACCUGUAUAUCUAUUUAAUAAAAAGUAGUCUACGUACAUGUGAAAUUAAA